AAUUUUUAUCUAAAUACAUAGAUUUAUGUACACAAGUAUAGAAAUUGUAAUUUCUUUCGUUGUAUUUAAAAUUUAUAUAUUUAUUUUAUAUCAUAUAUUUUGAUAUAAUAACAAAAUAUUCUUGUUAUAAAUGUAAAAAUAUGUCGGCAGGCGAAGUUAUGAAAGAAGAACCUCAAUUUAUAUUUCAUACAUAUGCUUUAUGCAAAUUUACGGAUAUGCCAGAUGAAAUAAAACAAGAGGCUAUGGAAACAUGUUCUACUGCCGCGGAAAAAUAUGCUGAGGACUAUGAACAAGCGGCACGCAUGAUUAAAGAAAGUUUGGACAAAAGAUUUGGCAUGCCUUUUCAAGUCAUUGUUGGAGAAUCUUACGCUUGUGCUAUAACACAUCAAGAAAAUACUUUAUUAUAUAUGUUCACGGGUGGGAAUAUUGCUAUUCUUGUUUGGAGAACGGUUAGCCAAUAUAAAUAAAAUGAUUUUUUGUUAAA